AUGCAGCAUCAAACUCCAGCGGAUGAGCUUCUGCAGAAAGGCGGACACGAUCAUAUGCCUUCGGCUCCUUCACAAAAGUCCAGAAAGCAGCCAGAGCCCUUUUUAAAGCGCCAGGGUUCACGGCGGCCGUGCGCGAGGUCUCCAGGAGAUGGCGCGCGCCUUUGCGGCGCCUCUCGUCUCCAUUGUCUCGCUCGCUCGCAUCGCCCGCCUCGCUUGGCUGUGCUGGGAAUCUGCAGCUCGCCGCUUUCGCUCGCCAGCUCCCCUCCGAAGAAGAGACCCGUUCCCGGAGCUGCUGCUUGGAUUUUAAUGCCAGAUGCACGAGGAUUAGCAGAUCGCCCCGAGGAGCUAUCCUGGAAUUACCACAGGAGGAGGCGGAGGAGGAGGAGGAAAGGGGGGAAAGGAAAAGGCAUUGUGGAAGAGAGAGAGGAGAGGGAGGGAGGCGCGCAGGGAAAAGACGAUCGCUUGGAAACGGCAGCAACAGACCAGGAAAUCGCUGGGCAGAGACCAGGUAAGCUGGGAGCAGGAGGAGGCGUUUGCGAAAUGGAUUUAGGGAGGCACCGGCAGAGAAGAUGUGCGAGACCCAGGUUUGGAAACCAACCAGUUCUCCCUUUCGCAACAUGGAAAUCGGGGAGGGAGCUUGUGCAGGGAAGCCGCUUCCACUGCAGUCCCAGCCUUGGAUGCAGUGCAGCAGGCGCAGCAAGCCUUGGAUAGCAGGUUGCGCCCAUGGAGGCUGAGCCUAGCUUGCAGAGGAAUGCUUCGGGAGCGGGAUCCUGCUCAGUUCCUCCAAUAAUCUCUCCCCCAGUUGCAGCGAUCUCUCUUUCUUAAAAGCUAAAGCUGGCUUUACUUUAAUCUUUCCCUUGGGGUUGGCCUUUCUCUCCCCACCCGUACAGCUUGAACCACAUGUGCUCGGAUCUCCUUGCAAAUGCCUGCUCGCUUUGCGUUCCUCCCUCUUAGAAAGCGACGAGCUUUGGGGGAGAACGGACCGCAAAAGGGGCGCGGUGCCGGAGGCUUGGUGGGGCGGGGGUCGCGUAAGAGGGAUAAAUCCAGUACCUCGGACAUGGGCAGCAGAAUCUCUCUUUCUGGGCAAACUUCCCCAAGCUGACGGGGCACGAUGGAUUUCUGACUUUUCUGAAAGUUGUAAUACUACAAUUCCUCUUCUUUCUCUUCCCCGCCCCCUAAUAACUCUCCGAGGAAUGGACAAGAAUUGCCCAAGCUUGAGCGAGAAUACAAGCUUGGGCCUCUGUUCCGUUUAUGUUGGUUGGUUUCUGCAAAAUUCCUGGGAUCAAUAAUAAUAAUAAUAAUAAUAAUAAUCUAUCCCUUGGGAUAAUCGAUUCCAGGAGCCAGCAGCAAUGUUAGCACCAUUAUUCCUUUGUCUAGUAUUAUAAUUAUGACUACUAUCUGUGUCAUGAAUAUGUAUUUUUAAAGCCUGGCUCUUGCAUUUAGGAAAACCUAAGGAGCUUACGAUUCCCAUGUGUAGACUGCUUUAUAUGUAAUUUAUAGGGUUCUUACUAUAAUCCUUGUUAAAGUGAUGAGUGGGGGAGCAGAAUCCUUAAUUAGAGGGUCAUCCCUGUUUUUCUUUUCAGGAAUGCAUGGAGGGGGAAAGAGCCAUUGACCUACUAAGAAAAAUAGUGUUGUGGGGAUUUUUUGUAAUCAGGCUUUGGGUUGUUUUUCCUUUGUGCCAACUGUGCUGUCAAUGUCCCUCCUCCGCCCAAGCAACAUAAAUGCGAAACAUAAAAUAAAAAGCAAAUGAUAAAACUGGAUUUGGAAAAGUGGAUGUGUUCAACUGGUUGGUGGGAAAGACCAUAACCUUGCACUGAAAUGGGCAAUAGUAGAAAGCCAUUUCCUUUACUUGCAAUAAAACGGAAUCCACAAGUUAUAAAAUUGCACACCAGUUGUAACUUUAGAAACCUUGGACAAUGAGACAUGCUGCCUUCUCAGGUGCCAAACUGGAGCAAUGUUUACAUAUGUGCUUCUUAGACUCUCCCUCCUUGUAGUGGCGUUAGACAGGGAUAUGAUCCCUUCACAGCAAAACAAGUUUACUAUGUGUUGAUUUGAUAUUGGCUUAAAAUGAAUCAAUGGCUACACCGCGAUUGUGUUAUAGUAUGCCAUAUAGUUUCCUGCUUCGUAGGCCUUUUAUGUCACAGGUACGCUUUCCUUUAAGCAUAGAUGUAAUCCCACCAAAUGCAACAAGUCCGUUCCUGACAGGGCUGUUGGAAUAACUGGAAGCUUUGCUAUUGAUUUUCAGCAACCUUUAGAGAAAGCCAGUAGCACUAGCAUCCAUGCAUAUAUAUAUAUAUAUAUUCCAUUUUAAUGCCCACCAGUGGAGAUUUAUCUGCACUGAAAUCUGAUUGGCAAGGGAGGAUGUCUAGCCCAGCUAGCAAGGCUGUCCUGGUCAGGGCUCAUUAGCUGCAUUACCAUGGAUUUGUGUGAAACAAAAUACAGAGCGUGGUUGGGAUCAGGCUGAACGUUUGCAUGCGUUGUUCCCAGGAGGAAAGCUGAAAUGGAUUCCAAGGCCAGGAUAGCAAUCAUUAAAGCUCCAUGCGUUUGCGGAUUGAGGUGGAAAGACGUACAAAGUAUACAUUGCUAGCUCCCUAGAAUAAAAACUGCUGCCAGUGUGUACAAUAGUGAGCAAAAGGAACCAGUGGCCUGAUGGUGAUGGAAGUUAGUUUUCUAAGUUCUUAAGAAAUAAGCAGAUCCAGAGUGCAGGGGGCCCACAGACCAGAGGAACAGACUCUUGCACCGGGGUGUUGUUUCAGGGGUUUUGUUGGGAGAGGGGUUGUUGUUGAUAUAAAAAUAAAGAUACAAAAAAAAUCAAUAUCUUUUUAGAUUUCUGUGGAAAAUGUUCAAUUUGGUUGUUUACUUUUUGAUGAGUUUUAUUUAUUGUUUAUGACUACUUUCAUUAUGUUUGUCAUUAUGCACAUUUUUUUCAUGUUGUAAGCUGCCUUGAGCAUUUUAACUAGGGAAAGGUGGCAUACGAAUAAAAUGAUUAAUUAAUAGAAUGUUGAUAAACCAUUUAUAUUCUACAUGGUGCACUGUAGGUAGCUGCUUUAUAUCAAGUAAGAAUAUUGAUCCAUCUCAUGCAGUGUCGUCUGCACUAACUGGUAGCUGUUCUCCAGGGUUUCAGGUAGAAGUCCUUUUUUCCAGCCUGAUUGAAAGUCACUGGCAAUUGAAUCUGGGACCUCCUGCCUUCAAAGCUCUUCCACUGAGUUGUAGUUCUGCUCAUAGUGCAUUCACGCUUUGGGUACUUUGAGCGAGGGUUGUACCUCGAUGGUGGAGCACAUGCAAAAGGUUCCAGGUUGAAAUCCCAUCCUCUCCUGACUGGUCUGGGAAAGCUUGGCUGGAGCCCAUGGAGAACCCCUGCCAGUCAGUCGAUAAUACUGAGUUAUACAGACUGGUGGUCUGUCUCUUUAUGAGACAGAUUCCCAUGUGCUUAAUCUGAUGGCAGUGAAGGAGGUCCACAGCUGCUGCAGCAGCUAUAAUUUGCCAAAUAAGACCUACUUUAGAUAAUGUACGCAGGCAAAUGCCAUCCUUUCUUCCCCAGAGGAAAAGUGUCUGCUUGUGGUGUUUCUGGCACAGCUCUAGCAGCCUGUGAAUCAAAGUGGGGUGCUCAGCAGGACACAAGGAAUGGCAGAAAUGGAACAUGAGUGAAAGAAUGAAGCUAAGGAUUUCUUAGUAGGGUGGGGUGGGCUGGAACCUAUGACCUAAUUUUCCUAAUGUAGGGUAUUUCCUCAGAAAUACAGUCAUACCUCGUGUUACGUCUGUUUUAUGUUACGUUCUUUCAGGUUACAUCCCGUGCCAACCCGGAAGUACCGGAAAGGGUUACUUCUGGGUUUUGCCGCAUGCGCAGAAGCGCAAAAUGACAUCACGCACAUGCGCAGAAGCAGCGAAUCGCAACCUGCGCAUGCACAGACGUGCUGCUGCGGGUUGUGCUCCUUUCAUGUUGCGAACGGGCCUCUGGAAUGGAUCCCGUUCGCAACCAGAGGUACCACUGUAUUACCCAGAAAUGAAUCUGUCAUUGGACUCUGGGAGGCACUGCCUGAGGGACGUUGCAAAGAUUUACAAUUCACUCAUUUAUAAAAAGUCAGAGGGAAGAGAAGGCAUAUGAAAGGGUAAAGCCCUGCUUCUCAUGUGAUGGCUGAUAUUCCACCUACUCUCUCUCCCACCCCCCGGCCUUGGGUGUCCUUAUUUUCACUAGGCCUUAUUUCCUGCAGCCUGAAAGUAUGUUUAUGGCUGAAUCAGGACCUGUGUUUGCAAAACACAGGAGUGUGUCACUUUAGAGCAGGACUUGACAACCCAGCCUUCUAGUGAUUCAGAAAGUGAGUUGAGAGAGACUAUGUGCAAGGUGCAUAACCUCCUGUCGUCUUGCUGCAUUACCUCUCAAGGAAACUUACUUUGGCUCCAUCCUGCUGCCUGUUAUGAAUGUCAUUCGUUUAGGUCACCCUUUUCCCUAACCUGUGGUGUCUCCGGAUGUUCCAGGCCACAACUCCCAUAAUCCCCAACCACUGACCAUGCUGGAUGUGAUUGAUGGGAGCUGUAGUCCAAAACAUCUAGAGGGCACCUGAUUGGGGAAGGCAGGUUUAGGUGAUGGUUGGAAGGAUACGGCUGCGCUGAUGCAGCCAAGGAAGGCUACGCCAAGGAAUGAUGGGCAUUCCAGUUAGGAUGUUGCCUUGGAUUUGGAGCCAACUCACACAACUGUGACUUUGCACACAGGGACGCGGGUGGCGCUGUGGUCUAAACCACUGAGCCUCUUGGGCUUGCCGAUUGGUAGGUCAGCAAUUCGAAUCUCCACUACGGGGUGAGCUCCCGUUGCUUGGUCCCAGCUCCUGCCAACCUAGCAGUUCGAAAGCACGUCAAAGUGCAAGUAGAUAAGUAGGUACCGCUCCGGCGGGAAGGUAAACAGUGUUUCCGUGUGCUGCUCAGGAUUCGCCAGAAGCAGCUUAGUCAUGCUGACCACAUGACCCAGAAAAACUGUCUGCAGACAAACGUUGGCUCCCUUGGCUAGUAAAGUGAGAUGAGCGCCACAACCCCAGAGUCGUUUGCGACUGGACUUAACUAUCAGGGAUCCUUUACCUUUGCCUUUUACUACAGCUCAGCACAAUCUUAAACUUCCCAUGAGGUCAGGGACAAUCUGGUUAGAUGCUGGCCAUGAUCAUAUACAGAAAUCCAGUGACUCAGCAUCCAGAGAGAGACUUGGGAAUGGGAACCGUAACACUGAAGCACCGAAAUCCCUUAAUUUCUGCAGGAAGGUAAUGUCUUAAAUACCUGAAGUGUUUGAACAUCUUAACGCAAAAGGCCUCCAGCAGUUAUCAGAGAAACUGGGAUACAGUGCUGCUGAUAGCCAUGCCCUGAUGCAGUCACACCUCCUCUAGGUUAUAACAGGUAAUAUUUACAUGUAUUCAAAUGCGCCUGUUCUUUUGCCUCCUGAUAGUUAAAGAACCAGAUUUUCAUGAUUGCGCAGAAGGUGGAACAUAUGUACUCAGCUGGGGAAAAUGCUUGUUAUUUAAGUGUGUAUAAUUUUGUACAAAACCAGAGUUUGGUGGUCAUUACCAAGCAGCUGGGUGCCUAAUCUUGGACUCCUCUGCAAACCUGCCCCCUUUUCUGUCUUUGUCCCAGAGGUGCAGCUGCAUGCGUCUGCUGCGUGUGCAUUGAUAUGCACAGCUGGUCAGUUCUGCAGAACUGAAACUUCUGCAUUGGAAACAAAAGGUUGUGCUGAAUUUGACUGUUAGGCGUGGCUUCAGGAAGUGCUGCACCAGGUAGCAUAGUUGCAGAGAGAUAGCUGUGCAGAGCAGCAAACCUUGCAGGGAUAUUUGCUUAGCUCAACACUACUGACAUAGAUGAGUCAACGUCCGUCACACCUCAGAACUUCCAGGCCUGGUGGCGAUACUUGCCAGUUGCACAGAGCAAGCAGGUUUCAAAGCAAAUGGAAACUGCACAGUAUGUGGGAAAUUAUGCAGUAAAUGCUGGCAAGAUGUGUACCUUUGUUAGGUAUCUGUUCUGCUUUCUGCAGGCAUGUAAGACUGAAAGGGUGCAACGUGGGGGUGGGAGCGAGCCGUCUAGAGCCAUCCCUGUCAUGCUAAUGAAACUGAGCAUGAGGCUUAGCCAGGCCUCGCUCCUCAAAUAUAGUAUAACUUUACCCUGAUAGAUGUGCAAAAGCAACCUCGUCAGAAUGACAGUUCUAUCAAUGACCCCUCACUUUCCCUUUUUAACGGUUCGGUGUGCUCACUUUGAAGCCCUUUCAAGGUAGAAAUCAGGCAUUCCGUGGAUGUCACAUUAUUAUUAUUAUUAUUAUUAUUAUUAUUAUUAUUUCUACCCCGCCUAUCUGGCUGGGUUUCCCCAGCCACUCUGGGCAGCUUCCAACAAAAUAUUAAAAAAUACAUUAAAACAUCAGUCAUUAAAAACUUCCCUGAACAGAGCUGCCUUAAGAUGUCUUCUGAAUGUCAGGUAGUUGUUUAUCUCUUUGACAUCUGAUGGGAGGACGUUCCACAGGGCAGGUGCCACUACCAAGAAGGCCCUCUGCCUGGUUCCCUGUAACUUUGCUUCUCGCAGUGAGGGAACCGCCAGAAGGACCUCGGAGCUGGACCUCAGUGUCCAGGCAGAAAGAUGGGGGUGAAGACGCUCCUUCAGGUAUACUGGGCCAAGGCCGUUUAAGGCUUUAAAGGUCAGCACCAACAUUUUGAAUUGUGUUUGGAAAUGUACUGGGAGCCAAUGUAGGUCUUUCAAGACCUGUGUUACGUGGUCUCGGGGGCCGCCUCCCAUAACCAGUCUAGCUGCCGCAUUCUGGAUUAGUUGCAGUUUCCGGUUCACCUUCAAAGUUAGCCCCACGUAGAGCGCGUUGCAGUAGUCCAAGCGGGAGAUAACCAGAGCAUGCACCACUCUGGCGAGACAGUCCGUGGGCAGGUAGGGUCUCAGCCUGUGUACAUGUAAACAGAUGGCAUAAUAUUUUGUUGGGAGCUGCCCAGAGUGGCUGGGGCAACUCAGUCAGAUGGGCAGCAUAUAAAUAAUAAUAAAUAAUAAAAUUAUGGAGUCAGACUGUAGGGCACCGCACCAUAGUAAUAAAAGAAAACUAUAUAUUUCACAACUAUGACCAGUUCUGUUCAAUUAAGGGAAAGAUCACUGAAACACAGCACCAAGACAGGGUCGAAAUGACAUUUCUCCUCCUUUUAGUAAAUUGCACCUGUUCACCUGACAGGUAUAUACUGGGGGAUGAUGUGUUCAGAGAAUUCAGGCAGGACUGUGGGCUGCAUAGGAUCAUCUGGUUAUAAAGUGAAGAGGAAAGACCAGUGAUAUAAACCUCCAUUCGUGCUAUUAAACAUGAUCAAUCUACUGCCUUAGUUACAUGCCAGUUUUGGCCUUCGUGGAGAUAAAGGAGCACAAUAGUUCAGUUUAAGGACCAGCAAAUCGGCGGCCAUAUAUGAUGAUGCCAAUAGUUCAUGAUAUCCUUCCUCCUGGCAAUGCUGGUGAUCCAUUUAUUUAUUUAUUGCAUUUACAUCCUACCUUUUCCUCCAAGGAGUUCAAAGUGGCAAACAUGCUUCUCCCACUUCUCAUUUGAUCCCUACAGCAACCUUGUCAGGUUGGUUGGGCUGAGAGGCCAUGACUGGCCCAAGGUCACACAGUGAGUUUCAUCAUGGCUGAAUGGGAAUUUGAACCCUGUUCUCCCAGGUCCUAGUCUGACACUUUAACCUCUACGCCAUGCUGGUUCUCUAGGAGGAAAAGAAGAGCAUAUACUAUACAACACACAAGCUCUACUUCUUUGGUUUGCAUGUCAUAUUCACAGGGCCAUCUUAAGCAUAUCCUGCGCUGUGGUGCAAAGAUCCCUCCACCUCGCCCCCCCCCCCCCCGUUUCCCAGAGUUGUUGACCUGUUUUAAGGGGGGAACAACCCCAAAGUUAUUGAUCUUUUUUAACGAAAGUUUCCCCAUAGUUGUUGACCUUUUUUUUUAGGGAGCUUACACCACCCUUACACAUUAUCUCUAACAAGCCCUUAAAGGUAAAGGGUAAAGGGACCCCUGACCAUUAGGUCCAGUCGUGGCCGACUCUGGGGUUGCGGCACUCAUCUCUCUUUAUUGGCCGAGGGAGCCGGCGUACAGCUUCUGGGUCAUGUGGCCAGCAUGACUAAGCAGCUUCUGGCGACCCAGAGCAGCACAUGGAUGCACGGUUUACCUACCCGCCGGAGCGGUACCUAUUUAUCUACUUGCACUUUGAUGUGCUUUCUAACUGCUAGGUUGGCAGGAGCAGGGACCGAGCAACGGGAGCUCACCCCAUCACGGGGAUUCGAACCACCAAUCUUUUGAUUGGCAAGUCCUAGGCUCUGUGAUUGAAAAGGCAGAAGAAAAUCUAAUGAAGUCCUAAAUUCCAAAGCCAGACUCAUUCAAGACUCAUCAGUUCUUCUAAUUCAUCCUCAUGAUUCAAAUCACCACAUAUCAAAAUGUUAAAGCAAUCACCAGUUUGUUCUUCUUCAAAUAAAUUGAUAAAGACACAGAGAAUGAAGUUCCUGGCCAAUUUGUGUUUAAGUACGAAGCUGACGUUUUCAAAUAUUGUGGGUGGGUGGAUGUAAAGCAGUGACAUCCUGAACCUAAAAAGGACCCAAAACGUGGGCCACAAAAGCUGCAGCCCUAACUGCACUUACCUGAGAGUGAGCCCUGCUGAAUCUAAUAGGACCUUAAAACCCGCCCCCUUCUUUAAAGGACUUCUUGUUGGUGUUUGUUUUUAACCACUAACUGCAUGGAGAGCACACUCUCAAAUCCAUACUUACCUCCGAACUGAGUCCUAAUGGUAGUGCGCCCCCCCCCAGCUUUCCCCUCCCACCGCCCCAAAUCUGAAUGAAUCCCUCCUCCACCUUUUUCCUUGAUGGAAGGGGCGGGGGGCGACAUUCUUGGCGCCCCUCCUCCUCCUCCCCACCCCCUGAUCUGGGCAGCUCGAGGCUUGCUUGCCACAUGGGCUUCCUCAGCAGUCCCGCUACUGCUGCGGGGCAGACAGGAGGACGACGGGCGCCACGUAGCUUUGCGCACCGCUGACGCUGCCUCCUCUCCCAGGCAGGAAGCGAGAGAGCGCGGCUGGCCGUAGAAAGAUCCGCUGCCACCGCUACCCAGCAUGCCCUCGCAGCUGUUACUGGUCGGUCCCAGACUCCCGCUGCUAGGCGCUCCUGAUGGGUGGGCACCGUGGCGACCCUAAUGGGUAAGACGGCCCUGCAUAUUCAGAUACCCUCCACAUGCAUAUUCUUUUCUGGCAGCCUGUUCCUCAGCAUAGCAGCAAAUGCUGCCCCUGGGAAGAAUUCCUCAUAACACCUACACACCCUCCAACUGUUGUUCUGGUACAAGUGAAAACACACACAAUGUUUUACACAGUACCCAGAAGGGCAGCCAUGGGGAGGCUUGCAGUAGCGAAUGGGCAAACAGUGCCAAUUCGUGCUGGAGACUUGCUGGUGCAUUGUGGCAAGAGCAGAUUUGGUGGGCAGCAGCCUGCAUCAGGUCCAUGAAGGAGAUGUAUUGUUUUACACAAAUCUUAGUAAUGGAAUAGAAAGCAAAAAAAGGUAUGACCUAAUCAUGGGGGGGGGGGGAACUAUUUGGGGAUUGGAUGUGGCCCAGACUGGAUGUAGCAGAACAACUCUAUCCAAACGGUAAAGUAAUGAUAGGUUGGCCACUUAGGCAUUGCCCAAAAGGAGGAAUUGCCUUCCCAAAAACAGGGCAAAAGAUGGCACAGAGUUGCACAGAAUUUGCAUGCACUAAGGCAGUGUUCUCCAAACUUGGAUCUCCAAGCUGCUUUUGCACUACAAUUCCCAUCAGCCCUGACCACUGGUCCUGCUAGCUAGGGAUGAUGGGAGUUGUAGUGCAAAAACAGCUGGAAACCCUGCACUGAGGUAUGAGCAUAGAUGCAUAUUUAUGCAUGAAAUAAUUGCUAUUAUUUAAAUAUAUCUUACCAUAGUGAGGAGGAGGGUGACCUGCAGGCCUGCUCAAUCAGCUGACUAGGUGCUCCCUGUUGAUGGGCAACUGCUUUGCCUUCAUAUGGUACUUUUUCUUUAAACUAGAUGUGAGCUAGAUAUCCCAUUAAACACAGGCAGGCUUUGAGUGGAGAAUUGUUCUUUUUAAAGUAGGACACGUGGCCACUCUGGGCUGAGAGCUAAUUCUCUUGAUUAGCUUUAUCCACGACUCACAUUUGGAAAACAGCAGGCAAGAGUGGCCUUGUCCAAAUCUGUUGUGGAAUAAGGGAACUCAAACCUGCAGUGGAGCUUGAACCCAGGACCUGUGGUGUUCAGCCUGUGUGCUACUUCUGAGUCUCCUGUGCUGCCAGUAGACCAGAGAAAAACUUGUGAACAGGCUUGGCCUUUAUAAACACCAGGAAGAACUUGCUGAUGGUAAGAGCUGUUUGACAGUGGAACAGACUCCCAAGAGAGGUGGUGGACUCUCCUUCCUUGGAGGUUUUUAAGCAGAGGUUGGAUGGCUAUCUGCCAUUUACGAUCUAAUUCAGAUUCCUGCAUUUCAGGGGGUUGGACUAGAUGACCCUGGGGUAUCUUCCAGUUCUACAGUUCUGUGAUUCUAGGAGCUUUCUUGAGACAGGGGUCUGCCUCUUUGGCCUGAGCAGCAGAGGGACAUGUCCCAGAUCUGUGCAGCCUCAUUUGCAUAUUAUGUAAAUUGAUUGCUAAUUAUGCAAAUCAAGCAUCUUAAUUGGGUACGUUCUAUCAAUUGCUUUGUGUUUGCUCCUGGCUCGAAACUUCCACAAAAUUUUGGGGGAAGAGAUCGGGCCGCUUGCUCAUGCCAGGAGGGAAGAGUGGCCUUUCUCAUCUGUUCCGCCUGCCUUUCUUCUCUGAGUCUAAGAGUGCAGCAAAGGCAAAUUCUUCUGAAUGGGCCACAGCUUAAAAGCUCUGCACAUGCCAAUGAGGACCAGAAUAAUGCGGUAUUUCUGCAGUGAAACGCUGCACUGAAACUGCAGCAGGUACAUCAGGAAGGGGCAUGAAGUAACCGCCCCAUUGGACUGUAUGGCUGCUGGAAACAAAUGCCCAUGAGAAACAAGCCAAAUUUAUCCAGACAAUUCAGCCGCCUCAUUUCACUUCCUGGGCGGGAAUGAACCUGACUUAGUUAAGCUCUUGAUAUAGUUGGAAUUAAGUCAUAUCAUGACCGACGUGUCCAAUUGAUUUCAACUUACUCAGCCUAGAUGUAGUGUUUUCCUGUUUUCCUGGAGCUGUGAGAGACUGGAAAUUUGCCCUUGCAAGGCGAGGAGCUAGGUUUUCCCUCACCAGGGUGGUCUGGGGAACCAUGUCAACCCUGGUCUGAAAUCAGUGAGUUAUUUCAGAAUCAGGCCAAACUGUAGGUCUCAGCUGCAGGUGAGCAAAUUAACAAGAAAGCAGGGAAGGUCAGAGGUCAAAACUAGCCUACCUUGCAAUUAAUUCCAGGACUUUGGUAGGCCCAGAGCAUUUUGGGGGCAGGGUUCUUGUGCCUGGAGCAUGAGGAAGGGGUUGAUUCACAGAUUGGUGAGCCAGGAUUUUUGAGACGCUGCUUCUGACCUUGCUGUCUCACAUCGUCAUUUGAAUCGGACGCCCGAUGGUGGUUUUGCCAAGCUGAUGUGCUUUCAUCUACAACAAGGGUGAGUUGUAGCCAGAUCGCAAGCCCCUGGUUGGACCUCUGACCUUGUUGGGCCAAGCCUGCCUGACUUUCUCAUUGCUUAGCCUACAAGAGAAGGAGUGACAUGUACUGUCUCCCAGUCUUGUUUCUGGACCCAGUUCAAGAUGUCCAGAUUAACCCACAAAGCCCUUAGCGACUUGAGGCCAGUAUUGCUGAAAAAUCAGUGUCUCUCCCCCCCCCCCCUUGUACCUUUCCACAUCUUGAGAUAUUCUUCAGGGGACCUCCUCUAAAUGCCUCUGCCAAGUAAAGUUAGGCAGAUGUUUAUCAUAGGGUGGGUAUUCUUGGUGGUAGCACCCCAGGGAAGCUGGCUGGGCACCUUCUUUAAGCUCGUUUUGGCCCCAGGUGAAAGCUUUACUUCAUUCUCCCAAACUCUGUAAAAUGGCAGUUUUAAUGUUUGGAAACACUUUAUAUGCUAGGUAUAUUCCUUUCCCUGCUUGAAAAUAUCUGUGCUGCAGAAUGUUAAUUUAUGAGAGUCUGUUUUAUCAUUAUAUUUCUGACAAUGCUAGUGAGUAGCCUUAUAAAUAUGUAAGUGGAAAUAAAAUUGAAUGGAGGACUGAAGUUGAACAAUGGUAGGAAUGGAGAAAGGGCUCCAUUAGGGUUAAAAAAAAAGGUGGGGGGAUGUAGGAAUAAGAGGAUUUCACAAUUAUGUUGAAGUUAGAAACAGCCAUGGAGUCCUGGUUUUGAUUGGAACAGUGCUUACCCACCAAAAUUUUUCCAAUGAAAAUAGGGACAUUUAUAAUUAUAAUUAUAAUAUAAUAAUUUUUACCUCGCCCAUCUGACUGAGUUGCCCCACCUACUCUGGGUGGCUUCCAACAUAUAUAAAAACAUAAUAAAACAUUAAAAAUUAAAAAUGUCCCUAUACAAUGGGGAGAGAAUUAAUUCUUUCACCUGUGCCAUUUCCCCCAAAGUAAAUUGUGUUCUUGGCUCUACUUGGGGUUGGGGGAAGGUACCUGUUUCAUACCUUACAAGGGACUCCUGUGUUCAGGUGGGUGCUAAAAAUGCAUCACAUUCUUUCCUUGGAACUUCUUAAGCAAAAGUUGGAUGGUCAUUUGUCAUGGAUACUUUAGUAGAGAUUCCUGCAUUGCAGGGGGUUGGACUGGAUGACCCUCAUUCUCUUCCAGCUGAACAGUUUUAUGAUUCUAUGAUUCUGGCCAAUUAGAAAAAACGAACAAACCACACAAUAGCUCUUCUUCAUUUGCAGUUACACAUUAUUCUUAAUAGUGAGUUCCCACCUUGGCUAGAAUGCUGAAAAGUAAGAAGAUGACUUAUUCCCUAUGAGUCAGGAAAAAGCAUGCAGCCUGCGUGUUUCCCUUAACAUCUCUGUCACUGUUUUCUUCUACUUUUUUAAAAUGAAAAUUAAGAAUUGGGGCCAACCAGUGUCCUCAAUGAGUGGGACAGGCUUAUUUAGGCACACGAGGUCUUCCCAUUUGGCCCACAAAGCUGUUUCUGCCAAGCCACACCCACCUCCCCUACAGCUGACCUCUCAUGAUGUCGGGUGAGGAUCAGGUAGCAGUGGGGCUUGCACAAAAGGGGCUUUGCAGCCCUUAUAAACCAUCUGAUUGGUGGUGCCUGCAAAGCCCCUUGGAGGCUUUAAGCACAAGGCAUUUUGCAGGCGCCUAAGUGGACCCUACAAGGCACGCUUAGAACUUGGGCAAAAUCUGCCUAUCAGCAGGGUAACUCUCUGUAACUUGCUUCUCACCCAACCAUUGCUUGCCUUUCUUCCCCAUCCCACCGGACCUUCCUUUGCUCUGCUCAGCCUUUCUUCAUCCCAUGAACCAUCAGCAGCCACUAAGACAAAUCCUGAGUUCCCUGUAGAGGGGGGCAGAAGAAUGCAGGCAGAAAGCCUGUGUGGUGAUCUGAGAAGUGAGGGAAGAGUUAAUGGAAGAAUUGCAAUAGAAGCUGCAAAAGCUGGCGCUUUUUACCUUCCAAUUCCCUCUUCUCCCCAUUAUUGGAGGAAGCAAAACUACAGCUGUCUCCUCUUUGCAGGCAUAACCUUCAUCUCUCCUGUUUGGAUAACCUUGGGUGUGCUCUGUUUCGAUGACCUUGGGAGCACGAUGCCCUACCAGACAGGUCAAACAUUAGCAACUGCCUCUGAAUUACCGUUUUUCUGCACAUCACACCGGGAACCUCAGUGCACCCCUCUCUUCAGGGCGAGGAAUCUCUGCUACAUCCCCCCACCCCGUCCCCCGCUCCCCAGCUCAGCUGCCAGCAAAGCCAUCUUCACACACUGCAGUUCUUGCUGCCUAAUUUGGGGGUGGGGGGUGGGGAGGGUGGCGGGCUCUGCUCUGAAUUCCCACGGACUUUAGCACAAUCUUUCUGCUUGACUUCCCUUGUCUGUCCCCAGAGCUGAGCAGGUGGUGCUCAGCUGCUGCAAACACAAGAGCACGGGCCGCAGGCUGUUCGCAUUUGGGCUGGCGCGAGCCCUAAAGUGUGCAGACGCACAUGUCCCUCAUACCAGAUGGGUUGCCUUCCCCACCCCUCCAGCUCUCCUUUCAUGUUCCGCCUCUUUGCGCGAGGUUUCCUGCAGUUGUAAGCAGAAAACUGGGAGGGCAAGGUUAGCUGGGAUGCUCCCCUUUCUGAUUUUGCUGCAUUUCUGGGUGUGCUAGUCCUUUUUCUGCACCUGUCCAGUACCCUCCUAUAAUCCAAAGCAAAAUAUGUGAUUAAUGCAUUGCUUGUAACAGAGCAGAUGGAGCGAGUAAGGUUUUUAAUCAAGACCUGAUGGAAAAGAGAAGGUGGCAAAUCGACUGUAUUCUCUGUUGCGGGACUAGCGCUCUGUAUAGCCUGGGGUUGAGGAGGUUUUUCAUAUGAGGGCUGCAUUCCUUUCUGUGUAACCUGCCAAGGGCAGUAUGGUGCAAACGUGGGCAGAGCAGCAAAUGCAAAUUUUCCCUUUGGACAACAGUUCAGUUUCUGCACACCCACCCAUACCCACCUCUCUGUGGCAUAUUUGAGAAGUUUCUAAAAGAGAGUCUAGUACGGGGGUUGGCAAUUUUCUUAAGCUGCGGGCCAGUCCACUGUCCCUCAGACCUUGUGGCGGUCUGGAGAAGCAGCACUGGGGGGGGGGGGCUGGAAGAAGAGGAGAGGGGGGCAAGUAGUCCUCCUCCCCACUCCCCAGCCCCAGCUGCUGUGCUUACCUUCCCAGGGGCUGCUGCCGCUGCUGCUUCUCAUGGGUAGGCAGAGCAAGCUCAUCUGCUUUGCUCUCUGACCCACAGGAGCACCAGGGCGGUGGAGGGAAGAUAAGCAGCACAGAGGGGCAGGCUCUGGAGAGGGGCUGCUUAAAAUGGCGCUCAGCCCAGCCCUCUUCCUCUUCUAGGCAGGGCGGGGAGAAGCCAGGAGGAGGGAGGGAGGAGGCACCGCUUGUGUGUGAGGGAGGGGGGGAAUGGAAUGGCGCAGGGGAAAAAAUGGCACAGCCCGAAUGAACAGAAUCCCCACGCCAAUCCAUGGACCAGAUCCUGAAGUCAAUUGGACCUGAUCCGGCUCGCAGGCCUUAGUUUGCCGACCCCUGAUCUAGUACAUCUGGAGGUGGCCUAAAAUUUUUUUGAAAUGGACGUGUAAUCGAGAGGAAGGCGUGGCUUUUGAUUUGGCAGUGUCUCCUGGCUAACAAAGAAAUGGGAUUGCAUUUUGAACGGUACUAAGAAUGUGGGCAUCUGCAUAAUGCCAGGCCACAAAUCUAGAGGUUUUCCUAAACUUUGAAAAAACUGUCAGCCACCUGCAUGGAGGAUGGCACACUGAUGCACUGUCAUAGGAAGUGGCCUUAUAUAGAGUCAGACCAUUGGUCCACUCAACUUGGUAUUGUGCAUCUUGCUGGCAGGAGCUGGUGGGAAUUGUUGAAAACAGCUGGAGGGCAGCAGGUUGGCCAAAGGUGGUCUACUUGAACAGUUACAGAGUCUCAGGUAGAAGUCUUUCCACUUACCUGCUACUGAAUCCUUUAAACUGGCAAUGCAGAAUUGCAUACAAUCGAUGUGUUGUACCACUGAGUUGCCAUUGCUCCCUGAAAGUUUACAGGGGAUAAUCUACGGCCUUUGUUCAUAUAGGGAUCUUGACAUCUGCAGACUACUGUGCACAAGCUCUAAAGGGAUUGCUCGUGUCUCAUGUCAUUGACUGUCCACUGUAUGGGCACCUUGAAGCGUGUGAUUGGCAAAUUGACAAACUCUACUCCAAGGUUUGUUUGUGUUUAUUGUUCUUCUGCAGGAAAACCAAUAAAACACAUUUUAAAACAACAGCAGCAGCAACUUGGGAGAAUCCCUAAAAAGGUUUCCUGCAAAAGAUCCGCAGUCACAAGGGCAGCAGCUCUAAUUUGUUUUGCUUUGGAAGGACCUUCAAAGUCUUGUCUGUUCCUUUGUAGCUCUGUUCAACAGGCUGUAAACAAAGAUACUAGCCCAAACCAGACACUGUGGUUGCUUGUAAUAUGCUUUCCCCCUCCAUGAGAAGUGUUGUGUUGCACUUUGCUAUCAUACCACAUUGACAGGUACCAUAACUGGGAAUGCAGUUAAGCAUAAGUUGAAAGAAUUUGAAUAAGUUGUACUAAUGCACACACACAUGCACAAAUACAAAUUUCUUUGUUAACCUUUGGCAUACUUCUUCCCAGCUUCAGCAUCAAAUAACUAGAUUUUUAUUCUAAGCAAUGAAGCUGCUUAGUUACUGAGAGUGUGCUAAGGCAUCAAUAUUACCUACUCAACUUGCCUCGUGCACUCUAGGUCAACAAACACUCUGAGAUUUGAGAUAUGUUCCUGCCUGCCCAGUGAUCAUUUGGAGCCCUGCUCAGUCUUUCCUAACUAAAUUUUCUGAGUGUUCUAUAGAUGUUUCCUGGCCAUCUUCAAUUUCACAACAACGUAGAUUGGAAACAUUUUUAGGUUGAAAUUUGGAUUCUCAGGAAACAAGUCUUCAGCAUAUUCUAUAUAUAAUAUUGAGUGGAAUGCAUAUACAUUUGAGAUCACUCAAAUGCCAGGCAGUUUUAAAAGAAAUAAAAUACGAAGGUCUGGUAAUCUUGUGCCCAUUCUUUGGAGAAUGGGGUCUUCUCAGAAAAGGGGCAUCCCUUGCCUUUUUUGUGAAAGACAGAUCUGUGAAAUGCUGUAAAACAGAAGACCAGCCCAGUGCAAUCCUUUAAAAGAAGCACAUCACCAGUUCAUUUCUUGGCACAAGGCAAGCAGGUCUAGAAGAUGUCAGGAGGAUAAUAAUACUGUUAAUUUGUAAGGAAGCAAAACGUGUUUGUCUUGGCACUUCAUUUUUUAAGGAUUGAAUCUGCCUUCUUUAUAAAUAGUAUCCCAUGAGGGUUUCCAGCUGAAAUAUCCAGCAGGAUCCGUAUCUAACUCACUUCAAUUGGAAGGGAAAUGAGUCUUAUUAGCAAGGGAAGAACAGACAACAACGAGAGAAGUCCUUAAAAAGAAAAGUCUUCUGGACUCUCAUCUUAUUUACCAGCAAAGGCCUGUGGCUGGCUGUUCUCAGAGAUUGUAGGUACAAUUUUAUAUACUGUUUAAUUUCAAACAUUUCUAAGCUGUGUGCAAUCAUCUCUAGGUGGUGCAAGGUAAGAAAAUACUUCUUUAGUUUCUGGGUCGUUUCGCACGAUGCUUGUAGAAGCUGCAGCUCUUCCUAUAGGGAGACCUACCACAGAGAACAGGAGUCAGUUGGCACCCAGAAGCAGCUGGCAACUUGCCACAGCUUUAUCAAGCAGAUAAGCACAAGAGGUAGAAUGCUAGGCCUAUGCAGGGAGAGUCAUCAGAUAAACCCGUAAUAAGAGGCUGCUGCAAUUGAAGGCUGAAGGGCAGCCAAAAAGCCACCACACUGGCCUUUCAUGUGGUUUCUCAUUCGCCUUUGAUCCUCCUUGAUUGCCCACACACACACACAAUGCUUACUCCCUUCCUCAGGACUCAAAUCUCUGUUCUCUUAAAGAGAGCAGAUAUUUCUCCCACCACAUACUGUCAGAUUGGGCUGCAGUUCUUGUCUUCCUUGUGUUUCUCAGGAGAUGCAUGAAUGAAAUUUGUUCCUUUCCACCUGGUCCCUGUACUGAUUGGCAGUGGCCCUGUGAGGUCUCAGGCCUGAACCGGAGGUGCCCAAGGACUGAACUUGGGACUAGGCUCAUACAAACCAUAUGCUCUGCUACUUCAAAGGUGAAGAUUUGGUACCGAUUUGCAUGUGCAGAAAUUUAGAAUCAUAGAAUUGUAGAGCUGGAAGGAACCCCAAGGGUCAUCUAGUCAUCUAGUCCAACCACCUACACAGGCAGGAAAAAAGGCAAUUCUUCAGAUAUUCCAGCUUCAAGCCAUAAAGGGCUUUAAAGGUCAAAUACAGCACUAAUAGUUGUUGAGGUUUGUUACUUUAUUUAUAGCCCAUGCUGGGUGGCUUACAAUGAGAGGUGGAGGCUCACUGCUAAUAUAGGCACAAGUAGCUUUGCUGAUAACAUGUCAGAAAGUGUGCUUUUUAGUGACAUGGUAGCUCUAUGCAUGUUAGAAAAUAACUGGGAAUUAUCCCUUUGGACAUGCACCUAUAUAGGCCUGGGUUGAAGUGCUGCAGAUACAUCUAUGGCUGUUCCUGAUCCAGAUGGUGCACCUUACUUGAGUCGGUAUUAAUCUGCCUACUGAAAGUUUGCAUGGAGCAGGGACAGGGAACCCUCCUUAUCACUGGCACAGAUGACAUUCCAAGAUGAGCCGGGAAGAUGAGCAGCUAUUGUUGCUGGCAUUUGUCUGUCUCAGGAGACAAUGGAGGAGUGCGACUUUGGAGUGAAGUCAAACUGUUGGAAGGUUGCAGCCCUGGCUGUGUCUGUAGAGACAUGUUUUGUUGCAGCUGGGGCAGAUGAAGGUGUCCAGAUGUAAUGCUGCAGAUGCGCCAUAGUAUCUUCCAUUUAGCAUCUUCCAUUUAGCAUCUGCUCUGUAAGCUUCCGUUUAUUAGAAGAAGAGUAGAAAAGGGUGAGUUAACUCAUAGCAGACACGCUGUGUGUCAUGCCUCUUCCUCGCUAGGAGCCAUAGGAGCACAAAGGGGACCCAAUGCGUAGAACACAAUCAUGUUGUGCGGAUGCCUGAUUAUCGUCUUCCAAAGCAACUACUCUAUUCCAAACUUAAAAAUGGAAAGCGUAAUGCUGGUGGUCAACAGAGAGACUUGUCUCAAGGCAAAUUUUUAAAAAUGUAGUAUAAACACCAACAAUUGGGAAAUACUUGCCUGUGUGCGCUCCAGUUGGAGAACAGCCUUUACCAAAGGUGUCACGGGCUUUGAAAACACUUGAACUCAGGACGCAAGGGAGAAAUGUGCUAGGAGGGAGGCGUGCUUGGCAAAUCCACCCCGUGAUCAACUCUCGCCUGGAAACCAAUGUCCCCACUGUGAAAGUACGUGUGGAUCCAGAAUUGGCCUCCACAGUCACUUACGGACUCAAUUGUUAAAACCGUGUUUAUGGAAGACAAUCUUACUCGGCUACAAGUGAUUGCCAAAGAAGAAGAAGAGGAGCCAAUAAAACAUUUGAGGGGGCUGGGACACACACACUCCCAAAGUUGACAAGCAUUGCCAUUCAAAUGGUGUGCAUGUACCAUGUCUUGUGAUCGAUUAUGUAGGGUGGUGCUUACCUGCCCCCCCCCAUGUUAAUCAUGUUGGCAUCCCUGCUAGGAACAAACAGAGCUGCCUUAUACCACGUCAGACCAUUGGUUUGUCUAUCUCACUAUUAUCUUCCACUGACUGCCAGCAGCUCUCCAUGCUUUCGGAUAAUGAGGUUUCCCCAGCCUUACCUGGAGAUUCCAGGGAUUGAACCUGGGACCUUUUGCAUGCAAAGGAUGUGCCUUACCACUGGGCUACAGCCCCCACUCUGCUUCCACGCUCUGUUUGUUUCAGCAUUCACAUAAGUUCAGAACUCAGACACACCCAGUAACAGCUCUCUCUUCACAUGCUCUGUUGGAGAGGGCAACACGAGUGAGUGAAGCAGUCAGGGUCAGGCUCAGCAGACCCUCUGCAGCGACAAAAGCACAAGAGCAGAAUGCUGCCGAAUCAUCAGGACAGAAGCCGUUAAGCAGGAAGUGCUGCGUCUUGCCUUCUUUUGUCUUUCCUUUUGCAGAUGGUGCUCACAUGCACAUCAUGGCUCACGGGAUUUCUUCUCUCAGUCCUACUGAUUACUGCAGUGACAUUGAUUAAGCCUCUUUCUGCUGUUCUAGCGACAUCCAGUAGCUGUUAGGAGAAAUGGCUGCAGCUUCAUGAAUGGAUUUGAGCAUGGGAAAUAGCUGGUUCUAGGAGUUAAGGGCUGAUUUGUGUACAGCCUUAAAAAGGUGGUGGUGGGGAACCUAAUGCGAGCACAAUAGCUUUCUGCAUUUAAGGUGCAGCCCAGAUGAUCAGGACUGGGAUAAGGAUCUGUGUUCAAAUCCCAGCUAAGUCAUGGAGCUUCUGGGGUCACUGUGCUUGACCCAGUUGCUUUCUUUUAGCUUAACGUAACACAGGGUUGUGAUGAAGGAAAUUACCUUAUUUCAUUUCUCUCUUCAGCCCAAUAUUGUCUCUGCUGAUUUCCAGGUCUUAUUAAAACUGGGAGACAGUGGUUUACUACAGCCCAAGGUUGCAAAUCAUGGUUUGAUUGUGGUUGCAAACUGCUAGGAUUGUGGCCAGAGCUUAAAUGUUUGGACAUAACAGGUAAGUAUGGCUUAGCAAGUCUUGGAAGUAUUGCAUUAAGUCAAGAGAUUGGGGGUGAGGAGCCACGACCAAUAACCAUGGUUAUUAUGGAAUGAAGGUUAUUACAUCUGAACUGAUUCUAAAAGUAGUAUCUGCAGAUAUUUUAAUGUCUUGUUCACUGGUUUUCACAGCAGAGUUGUAAUAGUAGUAGCUAUAAAUUUUUACCCUCCUAUCAAAAUGUUUGAUGAAGAUGUGUGCAGCGAGGUUGAUUAUUAUUAAGUAUUCAUAAUACAGAGUUACAAUGGUACCUAAACUUAAAUGGUGCAUGAACAAUGGUACUUAAACCCAAGAGAGAGGGAUGAAGGAUUGAAUGGGCCUCAUAUGCACAACUCCCUUUUUAAGUAUCCGACACGGAGCUGGAACAUAAUGGACAGGAUAUGCUCUUAUUGAAAUCAUUUCUUGCCUUUGCUGUGCCCAUUUUCUACACAAACAACAUUUUUGGUCCACAAUGAUUUGGCAUCCCUCAGUAAAAUCAGAUUGUCCUGUGGGUGGAAGCAACCUGCCAAGAGUUGCUUGCAAGUUGCCACUAUUGGGAGGAAAAAUGCACUCAGGAAAACAUCACCCUGUACUAAUUUUUCUUCUUUGGUGCUUUUCACUUGAAUACUUGCUGCUGCUGUUUAUUUUCUUGUUGUUGCUGCUUAUUUAACCCUAAGCAGGUUCUUAAAACCUAUCAGUUUUACUGCUUUGAAAUUGGCAUGCGAUUGCACAGCUUUGCUGUUAGUAUCGUGAUAUUUGGAAGCAACAUCUUAAAUUUGGUGCCAUAUAUUUCUAUGGGCGUAGUGCUGCUGGUGUGACUACCUUAGGUCAGGCUGCAACACGGUCAUGAGUUCUGAGUCCAGCCCACCAGCUGAAGACCAGUGGUUUAGAGCGGAGGGGAGGAAACCUGUCCAGAAGUUGCUGACUUACAUCUCCCAUAAUCCCUGGCCAAGCUGAAUGGGCAGAUGGAGUCCCACAAUAUAUGGAGGGCCACAGGUUCCCCACCUCUGGUCUAAAGCAACCCAUUUGAUAGUCUCUGAAGAUGUGAGGUUUGGUAUUGGUCGGACAUUGAGAAACGAAUCAUUCCAAACCCAUUGUAUCAUGGACUCCUGACUGACUUUUAUAGAGAGAGGGUUCCUGAUCUCACUCUUCCUUGCUGACCAGGCCAUGUAGUUUAUUGAGGAUGUCGGAACGCUUCGUAUCUGGCUUUGCCAUGUUUCCCACUAGUUUUAUUAUCUGUUGCUAUUAUUUUGCGCCACAUUGCUUGUUGUGGUGAAUCAUGAGCUGCUAGUCUGUGGCCGUUUUGCUGCCUAAGAACAGUGUUCACAUCAUGUCGAGUGCUUCCAUGCAAAUUGCAGCAAGCUGCUUUGAUCAGCCAGAGUAUUAUUAAUUAAGGGCCUGGAGCGCCACAGAUUGAUGGGAUGCAGUGAGGAGACGAAGGAGGUUGCUGUCUCACUGAUGCCAGUAAAAAUAGGGCACCUCUUCAGAUCCCCUGCUGGGUUUCCGGUGAAGUGCUUUAAAGUUGUGCUUCAACAUAUUUGCCUUGGUGUAAAGUAGGAAGAAUGCCAGCAGAUCCUCAUGGAAUAAUACUUUUUCUCACUUUCAGACACAUUCAUUUAUGUAUUCUUUAUUGCAGUUUUAACAUGCCUUUUCUCCAGAGACUUACAAUCCCCUCCACUUUGCCCUGAUGACAGUCCUGUUUGCAGUGUGCAGGAUUAGCCCAAGACAGCUUGCUGCCUGUUGUAAACGUUGCGUUGUGCCUCUCACUGUCCCAUUUCACAUUCAGAAGCCAGCUGAGCUGGCAGUUGCAUCUUACUUCAGCUCUGGUGAUGAGAGGUCAGCGCAGCUCUGUCCUCGCCACCACUUCCUGCUCUCCAGCUUCUGCUGCUGAGGCAGCUGCUCACUCUGUCUGAUGGUAGGACUGGUCCUAGGUAACUGAAGUUAAGAGAAGCUGACUGGUCCCUUUGUUUGAUUUCUGCAAGGAAGCAUUUGACAUAAAGAUCUUUAUUUUAUAAUGGAAAUGAUCUCUCUGAUACAUAGUUCUGAUUAUAGAUGUUCAGAAGCAGGUUAUGGAGUGGAGUGACUUUGAAAAAGUUAUGUUGACCUGCUUUGUUUGCUAGCAACAAAAUUCAUAACCAUACCCCUCUUUUUAGUGACGGAGCUAAAUUAAACAGCAAAAAGCAGUUGCAAGGGUUUUUUUUCUGAGCUCCUAGCAGAUCCACAGGUGUUGGGUUAAAAAAAAUAAUCCAGUCAAGGAAUAGAAUAGUGUGGUGAAGUGGUUAGAGUGGUGGAUUGGGAUCUGGGAGGUCUAGGUACAAAUCCACAUGCAGACAUGAAGCUCACUGAGUAUUCUUGGGAAGUCACUAUCUCCUGCACAGGGGCAACCUUCUGAAUGUUGCUGGACUACAGCUCCCUGACCAUUGGUCAUGUUGGCUAGGGCUGAUGGGAGUUCAAGAGCAUCUGGAGGCCAACACAUUGGCUACACCUAUCUCAGACUGACCUACUUCAUAGGAUUGUUGCAAAGAUUAAAAUAGUAGGAUCUACUACUAAAAUAGUAGGAUCUUUGAAUUUGUUCAUCAGCCUGAGACCAGUUGUGCUGGUAGAUGAGAUUAAAGUUGCUAAUGACCCACUGUUGUGGUCUAUAUAAACACAGAGCCAAGCAUGCUCCAUUGUACAGUGGUACCUCGAGUUACAAACGCCUCAGGUUACAAGUGCUUCAGGUUACAAACUCCGCUAACCUGGAAGAGUUACCUCAAGCUGAGAACUUUGCCCCAGGAUGAGAACCGAAAUGGUGUGCUGGCGGCGCAGCAACAGCAAGAGGCCCCAUUGGCGAAAGCAUGCCUCUAGUUAAGAACCGUUUCAGGUUAAGAACGGACCUCCGGAACGAAUUAAGUUCGUAACUAGAGGCACCACUGUAUUGCAAAACUGUUGGGCAGGCCCCCUUUAAUAGGAAUGCAGAGUCUCUGCAGUGCUGCAUGAACCGCCUGAGGCUGUUCUGCUCUUUGUGAUCUUUUCCUGCACCCAAAACAGAGAUUAUUCUUCCUCUGAGCAGCCUUAUGUGGCCUAGCCGGAGCAGAUCUCAGGACCUCUACUUCAGGAAGUGGAAUUCCAGGGUAGGUGAUCAGCUGGCUGAGUGAGAUCUGGCUGCCACUGAGAACUCUGUGGUCGCUGUGGUUUGCAUGGUUUUGGGCUGGGGCCAGUAAGACAAGUGGUGUGUUUAUUUGAUUUUUCUCCUCUUCUUUCUACACUUGAGUCAUGAGAGGAAGAGAAUUGAAAGGACUAUGUUGUGCAUGUCCCAACAGCUCAUUGUUUGAUCUGCUCUUUUCAGGUAGCAGGCUGCUUUGACCUCUGGUAAAGGUUAUGCGUAGUCCAGUCACUUGCAUAUUUACUUAGAAGUGAUUAAAAUUGAGUUCAGUAGGGCUAGGUGACAAAAGAGGACAAAAGUGGACACGGAUUUGAAUGAAAUUUGCCUAGGGUAAUUUAUUUGUAUGGAUACAAAUUCAGAAAUAAUUACUGUACUUUUAAAUAUCUCGCCAUGGUGAGGAAGACUGUGACUAGGUGACCUCUGCAUUUGCUCAGUCUUUACUCUCUAGGUGCUAACUGUUGAUGGAUAAUAGUCUUCUGCUAUCACUACUUUAUCCUCCUUAAACCAGAUUUGGAUCUGUCUGAACUGUAGUGUCCUAUGGGCUUUCACUGUCUGAGAACAUCUUGCAACAACUAUGGCCUAAUUCAAGGAGGCAUCAGGACAACAACUUCAGUUAUCCUAUUUACUGGUGCACAAUACUUCAACACUCAGCAGGGCAGCUAGGACUUGCUAGGCAGGUGAGACUAAGGUUCCCACUGAACUAUGGAGGGAACCACAUUGAGAAAGGGAAGGGGAGUUUCUAGGACAAGCCACACUCGAUAUGCAGAUGGCCCUUCAAGUGUAGGAUGUCUUCAAAUAGAGAACUGCCCUGUGCCCUCUGUGAGGUAGGACACAUGGCCUACCUCGCAGUAAGGUUUACUCCCAAGUAAGUAUGUAUAGGAGCACACCCUUUGCUUGUCUUUACUUACAGCAUCCAAGUGUGUCAAGAAUAUAAUGGAAAACUAAUGGAGUGUAACGGCAGGCCUACUGCAUACUCAUGAAGCCCUUUAAGAUCCAAAUAAUGGAGUUUUAGCUGAUUUAAGCUCUGCAGAUGUGGCAUGGCAUGCAUCCCCUUUGCCAUCAAGCUCUCCCCUUUUCCAUCCUUCUGUCAAUCUUUAACUUCUUCUCUUGCCUCCAAACAACGCUGCAUUGUUCAAUUACGGAAGAGGCGCUAUACUUUUUGCAUAGUAUCUGGCUCUAAAUGAGUCACAUCAUCUGUAGAAUAUGGUCUAAAGAAAAUAAGGGUGUUCUUGACAAUAUGAGGAAAUUGAUCAGAAGGCUUCUGGGCUUCCUUAUCCUCGAUAGAAAACAACUAUCUUAUUCUGGUCUCAUCACUAAUCCCACAGUUGGCUUCAAGAAAGUCAUGUGAAUGCUCUGAAGUAAAUUUCAGCCAGAAUUUUCUGGAACUCAGUUCCCGCACCUCUCAGGUGGGUGCCAUUGUCAUUAUGAGAGAACGAGGGGGUGUUCAUGGUGAGUUCAGGCACCUGUUUCUCUAGAAAAUUGUUAAUUUAGUUACUCUUGUUGAGUGCACCUCAUAUACUUUUCAUCAGAAACUGGCAGAAGACAUGUCCUCCUGAGGGGCAGAUAAGCACUAAGAGACCCAGCUUCACUUGAGGACUCCCGUCCCCCCAAAAGUGCAUGUCAACCAAAACUCUCACUAAAGCUGAUAAUUGUUCAUGAGAACUGGCCUGUUUACACUUUCUUUUGGUUUCUUCACUUGUAGGUGACUGGUGGCACAGCAUGACUUUCUUCCUAAGCCCUGAACUGAGCACCCAAUAG